CUGCUAAUUUACAGCCAAAUACCCAUUAAUCAAUUUGUCAAUCCCAUCCCUUACUCCAAAAGAAAAUAAGCACUCCUGCUCGAAGUCUUUUUAUUGACGGAUGGGUGCAUUUGUAAAUUUAAAGGACUUGAGCAGACUUUGGCCUGCAAGUAUUUGUUCAGCUUCAACAUGCCAUACAUAUCUAGAAGUAGCUUUCCUCUGAAAACCUCCCCUCUUUUUUCUUGCUAUUUACGAUGAAACCAAUUCUCACACUGCUCUACCUUUUCCUGUUUCUGUAUGUUGUCACCCUCUUGGUGGCCGGAGAUUUGCCAGCUACGUACACUCCGGUGGAAGAUAUCACCCUUGCUUGUGGCACUAAUGGGAUUGUCACUGACGCUUAUGGCACUUAUAAUUCAAGAAAUUGGAGUGGAGAUAUCAAUUCAAAAUUCUCGCCCAUUGGUAACAGUAACACCACUCCGUGGGGAAGAGGGCGGCUUUCUCACUCGGAAUUUACUUACAGAUUCAAUCUAACUGCAGGCCAAAAGUUCAUUCGCUUGUACUUCAACUACCCAUAUUCCAACACCAACGACCCAUAUUCCAACACCAGCUCCACAUAUUCCAACACCAACUCCAACGCUCUCUUCUCUGUAAAAGCCGGUGACUUCACCCUUCUUGACAACUUCAAUGCUAGCAGACAUUACACAGAAUUUUGUUUGAACGUUGACGAAGAACAGAGUCUAAAGACUUUCAACAUCACAUUCAGUCCAAGCAAAGACGCCUACGCGUUUAUCAACAGUAUUGAAAUCGUGUCGAUGCUAACCAGUCUUUACUACUCUGCAGCGGAAAGCGAUGGGUUUCAGUACGUCGGAGGUAGCCAACUCAAGUAUCGCAUCGAAAACAGCACGGCUCUGCAGACGCUCUACCGACUAAACAUUGGCAGCCAUUCCGAUGAAGACAUUGGCGUCCAAUCCGAUGAAGACAUGUACCACCAGUGGGAUUCUUACGAUGCCGGGUACUUGGAUCGUUUAAGUGAAACAAUCAGCGUGGAAUCACACAACUCUACAAUCAUACAGCUCAAAUUUGUUAAAAUUCCUCAGUACUCAGCACCAGCAGAUGUUUACCUUACAGGCCGGUCCCCGGGGUUGAAGAACUACAAUCUCACCUGGAGAUUUCCGGUAGAUUCUUCAUUCCAUUACCUUGUGAGGCUGCAUUUCUGUGAGUUUGAACCAAGUUUUACCCAGUCUGGGGACAGAAAGUUUCAAAUCAACAUAGACAACCAAACAGUGGAAGAAGGAGCGGACAUAAUCCAAUGGAGUGGUGGAACUGGGAUUCCAGUUUACAGAGACUAUGUUGUGUACAUGUCUAGCCCUGAAAAUGAAACGGAAGUACUUCUCUCUCUCUCUCUUGCAGCAGAUGAGAAGAGCUCAUAUAAUGAGGCAAUCCUGAAUGGGCUCGAAAUCUUCAAACUCCUUGACUCGAAUGUCUCAUAUGACGCCCCACACAAUCCUGAUUCACCGCAAGUGAAAAGACCAAAAAAGUUGAGUGAGUCAACUCCUACAGUUGCCAUUGUUGCUGGUGUAAUUUCCAGCAUAAUUGUGUUCUCGGUGAUCGGAUUCUUGGUCUUCAGGCGAGGAUGGAAAGCUAAGGACUCAAGAUCCAGCCACAGGACAAAGAAGUCAAGGAAGGUCUAUAAGUCAUCUUUACCGACUUAUUUCUGUCGUCAUUUUUCACUGCCAGAGAUCAAAGUCGCCACUGAAAACUUCAAUGCUACUUCUAUUAUUGGAGUCGGAGGAUUCGGCAAUGUCUACAAAGGACGGAUUGACGGCGAGGCAACCCUUGUCGCAGUCAAGAGGCUGAAACCGGAUUCAUCACAGGGUGCCCAUGAGUUUAAAACGGAAAUUGAAUUGCUCUCCCAAAUCCGUCAUCGCCAUUUGGUGUCUUUGAUUGGAUUUUGUAAUGAUAAAGGUGAGAUGAUCUUAGUGUAUGAUUACAUGGCACGUGGGACACUCAGGGACCAUCUCUACAACACUGAGAACCCACCACUUCCUUGGAAAGAACGGCUACAGAUUUGUAUUGGCGCAGCACGAGGGUUGCAGUACCUUCAUAGUGGUGCCAGGGGCACCAUCAUUCACCGUGACGUGAAGAGCACUAACAUCUUAUUGGAUGAAAACUGGGUGGCCAAGGUUUCAGAUUUUGGGCUGUCGAAAGGCACGAAUGACAUGUCCAAAACCCACAUCAGCACUCUGGUGAAAGGCAGUUUCGGGUAUCUGGACCCAGAAUACUUCCGAACACAACAUCUGACUCCUCAAUCAGACGUCUACUCAUUCGGUGUAGUGUUGUGUGAAGUAUUGUGUGUGAGGCCAGCUGUGAUACAUACAGAGGAAAUUAGGCAAGCAAGCCUGGCUGAGUGGGCCAAGAGCUGUCAUCAGAAUGGGGAACUUGAUCAAAUCAUUGAUCCAAUUUUGAGAGGUAACAUCACAGCCGAGUGCCUGAAUAAGUUUACUGAGGUAGCUAUCAGUUGCAUGCAUGAUAAUGGAACAGAACGGCCGUCCAUGACUGAUGUUGUUAGGGGGCUUGAGCUUGCCUUGCAGCUUCAGCAGAGUGCAGAAGGGAAUAUCAACUGCAUUGAAAGGAAUGUCGAAACUGAAACAAGCAGUAGUGAGAAAAGUUGUGCCACCAACAAUUCCAUUAAAUGCAUAUCUGCGACAAUCUUAUCUGAGAUUAACAACCCAAGUGGGAGAUGAUGAGCAUCAAUUCAAAGCAAUGAGAGCAAUCUGGAUAGAAUCAUACCGGGUAAGUAUUAUCACAUUAAGUAUUCCAACUGGAUUUGCUAGGAAAAAACAAUAGAAUGCAAAAUUAUUUGCAGUCCCAGCACAUUACACUUGAUUCUAUAUCCCUAUGGUAGUCCUACCAUUACCUUUCAUCAAUGUACUAUAUAGUUUAUGAAGCUUAUUACUGUUGAAUGCAACAGAAGAGUUGCUCAUGAUAAAAGAAAGUCAUAUUUUGGAAAGCAAAGAAUGAUAAUACAUUUGUAAUGACAAGACUCUUUUCAUGUCAAAAUUUCCUACACAUUUCAUUCAAAAUUACAAAUGGGAAAUAAUGAGUCAUUAUUACUGGUACAA